CAUGGACAUUGUGUUUGCAGUGAUCGUCCAGGCCUCCAGUCGCUCGGCUGGACAGCAUCAAGGCGUACAAACCCCUGGCGAAAUGUCAAGGAUGCUUCGGGAGAAGGAGCGCAGACCGCAGCAGGACUGGCAACCCUGAGACACGGGGCACAGGUCACACAAGUGAAAAGUGCCGCUGCUAAUUGAGGAGACAUUUGAACCAGACAGAAUGGGGCUGCUUGAUAUUUGUGUGUUUUCCUGGGUUUCCUCGACGUGACACUAGACCCCCCCUGUGCGAGUGUGUGUUUGAGUGUGUGUGUGAGCGCCUCUUUGGCGCGCCUGGACGCCGCCGCCACCGCCGCCACUGCUGCUGACGGACACUGCAGCGCCGCUGGGUUCAAAACACAAAUUAGUGAGGGGUCAGGAGAGUGUUUUAGCGAGGGGAAUUCCCCGCCAGGAGCCCCACGGCUCGUCAUUUCACCAUGGAUGACUCGGGGAUAAUACGGCGCCGCAGGCUGCAGAAGGAUUUGCCACUGCCUCGCAAGAACAGCAGCUGUCGUACAAGCAACAGGAAAAGUCUGAUCCUGACCACCACAUCCCCCACGCUGCCUCGCCCACACUCCCCACUGCCUCUUCCUGGACACCUCGGAAGCAGCCCUCUGGACAGCCCACGAAACUUCUCACCCAGCAACCCGUCACACUUCUCUUUUGCCUCCUCCAGAAGAGCGGACGGACGACGAUGGUCUUUAGCAUCCUUGCCCUCAUCUGGAUAUGGCACUAACACCCCCAGCUCAACGUCCUCCAGCUCCUCUCAGGAGCGACUGCACCAGCUGCCCUUCCAGCCCACCAUGGAUGAGCUGCACUUCUUAUCCAAGCACUUUGGCAGCACCGAGAGCAUCACAGAUGAUGACGGGGGCCGCUGCUCUCCCCACCUGCGCCCACGCUCCCGCAGUCUCAGUCCAGGACGGUCCUCUACAUGCUAUGAUAAUGAGAUAGUCAUGAUGAACCAUGUGUACAAAGAGCGCUUUCCAAAGGCCACAGCACAGAUGGAGGAGAGGCUGGACGAAUUCAUCCAGGCUUUCUCUCCUGAAAACGUUCUUCCACUGGCCGAUGGCGUCCUCAGCUUUAUACACCACCAGAUAGCUGAGCUGUCCAGAGACUGCCUGGCCAAAGCCCGCGAGGGCCUCAUCACUUCUGUCUACUUCUUUGAACUGCAGGAGAAUCUGGAGAAGCUUCUUCAUGAUGCCUUUGAGCGUUCAGAGAGCUCUGAAGUUGCCUUCGUCACGGAGUUGGCGAAGAAGCUUCUCAUCAUCAUCGCCCGACCUGCCAGGCUUCUGGAGUGUCUGGAGUUUAACCCAGAGGAGUUCUACCAUCUGCUGGAGGCAGCAGAGGAUCACGCCAAGGAGGGUCACUUGAUGAAAACGGACAUUCCUCGUUAUAUCAUCAGCCAGCUGGGACUGACCAGAGACCCUAUUGAAGAGAUGGUAAACCUCGACAGUUACGACAGCGAGGGGCCGCUAACACCUGAAACAGACGACUCCACAGAGAGUAAGAUUAAAGCAAUGAAACCACCAGGGGAAGCAGAUUUCCAGACUAUCAAGCUGAUCAGUAAUGGAGCAUACGGCGCUGUGUACUUGGUGCGUCACCUGGAGACCCGCCAGCGAUUUGCCAUGAAGAAGAUUAAUAAGCAAAACCUGAUCCUGAGGAACCAAAUCCAGCAGGCUUUUGUGGAAAGAGACAUCCUCACCUUUGCAGAGAAUCCCUUUGUCGUCUCCAUGUUCUGCUCCUUUGAAACCCGUCGGCACCUCUGCAUGGUCAUGGAGUAUGUAGAAGGUGGAGACUGCGCCACUCUGCUGAAGAACAUCGGGGCUCUGCCUGUGGAAAUGGCACGCAUGUACUUUGCAGAGACUGUUCUGGCACUGGAGUAUUUACACAACUAUGGUAUUGUGCACCGUGACCUCAAACCUGACAACCUCCUGAUUACCUCAAUGGGCCACAUCAAGCUCACAGACUUCGGCCUUUCAAAGAUGGGUCUGAUGAGUCUGACCACCAAUUUGUAUGAAGGACACAUAGAGAAGGAUACUCGGGAGUUCCUGGAUAAACAGGUGUGUGGUACUCCAGAAUACAUUGCCCCAGAAGUUAUUCUUCGUCAAGGUUAUGGGAAGCCAGUGGACUGGUGGGCUAUGGGUAUCAUCCUGUAUGAGUUCCUGGUGGGCUGUGUGCCUUUCUUUGGAGAUACUCCUGAGGAGCUGUUUGGACAGGUCAUUACAGAUGACAUAGUGUGGCCAGAGGGGGAUGAGGCUCUCCCUGUGGAUGCGCAGAACCUCAUCUCCUCCCUUCUGCAGACGAAUCCGCUGGUUCGACUGGGCACAGGUGGUGCUUUUGAAGUGAAGCAGCACCCAUUCUUCACGGAGGUGAACUGGAACAGCCUACUGAGACAGAAGGCAGAGUUCAUUCCUCACCUCGAGUCUGAGGAAGACACCAGUUAUUUUGACACCCGAUCCGAGCGCUACCAUCAUGUGCAGUCGUACGAUGAGGAUGAUACGAAUGAUGAUGAGCCUGUGGAGAUACAUCGCUUCUCAUCCUGCUCACCUCGCUUCAGCAAGGUGUACAGCAGUAUGGAGCAUCUAUCCCAGCUAGAGCAUAAACCCCCUACUGUGACUCUACGGGAGCACAAAGUCCCCAGGGAGGAUCGAGUGGCCAAGAGAGAAAGCCUGGGUAGCUUCACACUCAGGGACAAAAGCUGGAGGACUGGAUCACCUGAGAUGAAGCGCUUGUCCUGCUCGGAGUCCUCUUUCACUGAGAGCGACUCCAGCCCACCGUCCGGGGCCCGAAGACGUUUCUCCGCCCUCAUGGACACACACCGUCUGGCCUCCCCUCUGGAGGUUGACUCUGAGCUGCCUGUCCUCACUAAGCAGCCUCCAGUGAAGGUUAGAGGGGCUUCCCUGGAAGGAGCAAUGGGGACCAUCCCUUCUCAAGGCGAUCUGAGACCGUUCCUUAAAGACAGCAAUGGGCUCGCAGCCGGAGACAAGCAUUUGAGGCCUGCUGAUGCAUCACUGCCUCUACCAAGCAGUGCAACUGUUCUGGGGCUUCCAGACCCACAGGGGCCCCGGGGGGCCACCACUGACCUGGUGCUGCGCAGAGUUCGCCAUCAGCAGCUGUCAGCUGAAGGAGAGAAACGUAACUCACGACCAGGAACCAAAGUUAUAAAAUCUGCUUCUGCUACUGCUUUGUCUGUCAUCAUUCCUGCAGUGGAGCAACAUGGUGCCUCCCCCCUGGCGAGCCCCAUGUCUCCUCGCUCCCUCUCGUCCAACCCCUCCUCCCGUGACUCCUCUCCCAGCAGAGACUACUCUCCCAUGGUAAACAUCCUGCAUUCUCCAAUCACCAUCCACCGCUCUGGGAAGAAGUACGGCUUCACUCUCCGAGCCAUCAGAGUCUACAUGGGAGACAGCGAUGUAUACAGCGUACAUCACAUGGUCUGGCAUGUGGAGGAUGGAGGUCCCGCCCAGGAGGCUGGACUGAAUGCUGGUGAUCUCAUCACUCACGUAAAUGGGGAGUCAGUCCAUGGUCUUGUUCAUACAGAAGUGGUGGAGCUCAUCCUGAAGAGUGGAAACAAGGUGACAGUUACAACUACUCCAUUUGAGAAUACCUCUAUAAAAGUGGGUCCUGCCCGCAAGUCCAGCUAUAAAUCCAAGAUGGCACGGCGAAGCAAGAGGACGGGAGCCAAGGAGGGUCAAGAUAAGAAGCGCAGCUCCCUGUUCAGGAAAAUCACCAAGCAGUCCAACCUGCUCCAUACCAGCCGGAGCCUCUCGUCUUUAAAUCGCUCUCUGUCAUCUGGAGACAGUCUCCCAGGCUCCCCCACUCACAGCCUCUCCGCCCGCUCGCCCACCCAGAGUUACCGCUCCACUCUUGAAUCCCCUUAUUUGGGCACCUCCUCCCAGAGCAGCUCUCCAGCAUCCAGUACACCAAACUCCCCAGCAGCCACUCACCACAUGAGGCCCAGCUCCCUGCACGGCCUGUCUCCCAAACUUCACCGCCAAUACCGCUCUGCGCGCUGCAAAUCCGCCGGCAACAUCCCUUUGUCCCCCCUCGCUCACACCCCCUCCCCGACCACAUCCUCUCCUCCACCCCUCACUGGCCACACGGUAGGGAGCUCCAACACCACACAGAUGUUUCCUGCUAAGCUGCACUCCUCGCCUCCUGUUGCCCGGCCCCGUCCCAAAAGUGCAGAGCCACCAAGGUCCCCCCUGCUGCAGCGGGUGCAGUCAGCAGAAAAGCUGGGAGCGCCGAUGUUGCCUUCUUCCUCUUCAUCGUCAUCAUCGCCCUCUCCCCUAACAGGUGGGGUGUCAUUACGUAAGCAUAGCCUGGAAGUUUCACAUGGCGACUACAGGAGAGAGUCCUUCCACUGUGAGCACAGCCUACAAAGUCUGUUAGAGAUGGAAGGAGAGAAUGGACCUGCUCCCCCAUCUCCUUCAUCAUCUUCCUCCCCCUCUCCCCCGAUGGGAUCAGACAUUGGAGGCUUGAAGCCUGUCAGGAGGCUGGGAAGGCAAGAGUCACCACUUAGCCGUGACACACUAAUCACAGCAAGAGAGAAAGAUACCCAAACAACAGAGUCUGAGCCCACCGGGUCGCAAAUAGCGACUAAAGCUGAGUCCAAGACCAAUAUUAUUGAUGCAAGUAAAACAUUAUCCACUGCUGAGGUCCUAAAGAAGGACAUAAGUGUAGCUACAGUGGAGACCAAGUCUAGUUCAGCACUAGUUUCAUCCACUACUGAGGCCAAGCCGGGCAGAGGGGAAAAAGCUCAAAAUGCAAGCAGCUCAAGUUCUGUGGCAGCAGUCUCCAAGAAUAAACUUAGUGAGAAAAUCUCAGCACCUGGUGCAUCAAAAGGCCCGCAACAACAAGACAGCAAGCAGCAGAGUGCACAGACAGACAAUGGACCUGCAAGUAUGGCUCAGGACAAGACAGAGGAGCGAAUGAAAGGCGCUGCAGGUACAGACAAAGGUAACAUGUACAAAGUAUCAUCAGCAGAGCAAACCAAGCCACGUAAAGGCAUGGAGACGGGCGAGAAAGGAGGCAUCGGUGGCAUUGAUAAAGCAACGGAGACGACCAAAAGCAAAGGGCCUGCACCCCCGGUCCCCACCCAGGUUCAGAGUCAGGCUGCAGCUCAUGUGUCAGCUGCUGCCAGAUCCAAAAUGGAGAAGGUUUCGAGCAAUUACCGUGGGGCCAAGGAGGAGAGGCCCCACUUGGAGGUCGUGGAAGAGAACCCCAUGUCGCCCUCGUCUAACGCGGCUUCACCCUGCUCAAGCAAGUCUCGCCCAGUGUCUCCGGGGGACAAAGCUAGUUUUGUCACCCAGCUCACAAGUGUGGCCAAAACAGUGCUCGGGCCUAUGAAAGGGGCCUCACAAGAUUCAGCCAAGGUUAAAGACACCUCCAAGUUAAGUGAGGAGAAGCGAGGAAACACAACAGGAAAACCAGAAGAUUUGUCUGGGGGUGGCCGUAGGGGAGCGCAGACAGCAUCCUCAUCAAGCGCCGGCACACUGCAGUCUGAUAAAGGAACCAGUCGGAGCUCCAAACAUCAUUUGUGAUAAGAGGGCUUGAGAAAGAGUCAGACUCUCCCAUGUAAUGCCUUUUACUGUAGCAUCACACUGACAUAUCAUGAAUUAACAUGACGUUGAAUUAAGGGGAGAUGUGAAUGCCUGAAGAAAAGACACCAAAUAGAUGACAUGACAUGUAAGACACAAAAAGAUGUGAACGAAGAUGCAUCAGCCAUGGUGGAAAAUGUGUGCUCGUGCUAUCAUACUGUAGGCCCGUGUAUGUACUGUGUUUUCAUCACAAUGUGUUGUAUAUACAAAAAAAAAUUGCAUAUGACUUAAUGCAUGUGUGACACUGUACAUGGCAUUUGAAAGAAUAUUUAAAAAGAAAAUGAAAAAUAUAAAGCAGACCUUAAGGUGGUGAACACUGUGAACAACAUUUCAACUGACCACAACAGGUAAACUGUUAACUAAACAAGCAGGAUUCUGUCAUAAAUGGGCAUUACUCAUAUUUCAGCUCCAGUGCCAUCAUUUAGUUUGGCUGAAACUGUAAAAGAAAAAACACAAACUAUUCCUUUAAAGUUCGGUUACUAGAAGAGUUCAGGCUCGAAUAUAACAAACAUCCUGGAAACUAGACCAAGUGUAGUGACAGCUUGAAGGGAGAAUCAGCUGGUUUGCUUCAGAUGAGUUCAAGGGCUGAAUUUCAAUGGAAUUGAAAGAGGUAGAGUAGAUGAACUUGCACAGGGACACUAUGCAAUGUGCUAAUAAUGCCACUUUUUUGGUGUCCCCAAUUACUAAGUUUACAUGUGCUCCAGACAAGAAGAGAAGACCGAAGAAAGGGUUGCAAUAAGCCGAGCAAACACAUUUUAUUUUAAAUGUUGUCUCCUUUGACCAUAGUGAAAUGUGCAAUGAUAUUUUAGGCUGUUGGGUGAAUAUACUAGUGUGCUUAGAGUGUGAUAAGAAGACAAAGUGCAUAAAGAACCACGAUGAAAGUAGCGCUUACAGGAGAGUAGGAUAGAAAUGCUCUUUCACUCAUUCUUUUCUAUUUAAGCAGAUGUGUGUUAUACUGUGUAAUGUUAUGUGUGAAGGAAAGUGCCAGUUUUUUUAUUUAGGAAUAAUGGGACAUGUUUUUGUUUGUUUAAACUUAAAUGUAUAAUAAUAUGCAAUCCAACAGUGCCCAGUUCGAUAAAACUGAGCAUCCUUGUGAGUGAUACAGUGGUAGAUUCUACACAAAACCAGGAGUAGAUAUGGUGAGAGCAUCUUAGUGUUGAGGUCUUGUUUGUUCUUGUGUAUUACAGAAAAUUGAUCUUGAUAGUUUUGGGACACCAGGCUCAGACUUAGACUGCCCCCUUGUGGAUGACAUCACAUGAUACCAAAUGACCACUGAACAUUUUGCCGGGGUAUCUUUCCAUUUUACACGUUAUUAUUCUGAUGCAUCAUUCUUUUGUCGCUGAACGAUGUUAAGAUUGGUUUCAGAUGAGUUUUGCAGUCUGAGCUCACAAAGUCUUUAAUUAUCAGGAUGUAGUGAUCUUCAGACAUUAACUCAAUUUUCAAACACCUUCAGCUGUGUUUUUGUGUGUGAUGUGAGGAACAUGCACUUUAUUUUGUGUCAAAUAUUUUUAUUUACUUGUAUUAUGUAUUUAUUUUAUUAUUUGUUUGUAUUAUUUAUUUAUUAUUAUGUGUUCUAUUUAUUAAACAUUUUUUAUUUGUUCAACAUUUUUUACAUUUCAUGAGCUGUGAUUUUCUGCUUUACUACUAAAUUAGAAUUUUUUACAUUUAGACUGCGAAAUUGCCCAAAUCUGUGUGGCUAACCCCUUGUGUGCAGUUAUGAUGAGGUCAUUCAGUAAGUCUGAAGCGGUAAUAUUUCUGUCAUCUCUGUCUAAGUGUUUGACUUUUUUUUUAAUUUUACAUCAACAACUAUCUCUUGAUCGUUGUCCAUUACAUUGCAGCAUAUUUAUUAGCCACUGUUGUUGAAGACCAAUGCAAAAAAGCCUAUUGUGCAGAAAUGUAAUAAAAUG